AUGGCGCUGUAUGGCGCCCCAAUCUGGGCGGACGCACUCAACAAGAGGGAGAAUGCUGCCCUUCUGCGCAGGCCCCAGCGGGCCAUAGCGCAGAGGGUUGCAAGGACCUACCGCACGGUAGGGAACGCUGCGGCGUGCGUCCUCGCUGGUACUCCUCCUUGGGAGCUAGAAGCUGGGGUCUUGUCUGUCAUCUAUCACUGGAUGGCAGACCAGAAGGCGCGUGGAAAGUGCCCGGCCCCGGAGCGGCGCGGCGCCGUCAGACAGGAAGAGCGCGAGAUCAUGAUCGACCGCUGGAAGGAAGACAUGACUCGCGCGCAGUUUGGCCGCCGCACUCUGGACGCCAUUGGUCCUGUUCUGGACAAAUGGUUGAAACGACCGCACGGGUUCCUCACGUUCCGUCUGGCGCAGGUGCUGACCGGGCAUGGCUGCUUCGGUUCGUACCUGCAUAGAACCGGGCGAGAGGAAUCCCCGUGUGCCACAAAUGCGGCGCGGCGGAUGACACGGUGCAGCACACCCUCGCGGUCUGCACAGGCUGGGAGGGGCAGCGCCGUGUCCUCACUGCGGUCAUGGGCCGGGAUCUUUCGCUUCCGAGCCUGCCUGGUUAACGUGUCAAGAAGUCAUCCUUCAGAAAGAGGCAGCGGAGCGCGAGCGGGAGAACAAUCCUCUUGCCUCAUCGCUCCGCAGGCGGAGAAGAGGGUGGAGAAGGCGGUUGUACGACCGUUCUAA